CGGAGGGAGGAGGGGUGGGGUGUAAGCCUGCCCACACCAGGAGCACGGAACACAGCCAUUCUUUUGAAUUAAUGCGAGAGGGACGCUGGAAAACAUUUAAAGAUGUGGGGUGUCUAUUCACCAUAGGUAACAUCGCUACAUCGUGACUAGGUUGGAAUGACGUGAGAAAUGUGGAACCAUAGAGGCCGACUCUGACAGCGGGAGCUGCUGUACAAGUUGUCAGCCCUGUGUAGGGCCACUGUCGGCGGCUCUUUCCCGGCGUCCCGCUACUCCCGAGCCCCAUGCAAAACACAACGGUACCGGGCAGCUCCAUCAACUCUAACUCCAAUGUCAUUUGCUCCUGCAACUGCACUGGAUCCCAGUCACAGGGGAUGGAUAUAUCUGAACUGGAGUUUGUUCAGAUAGUAAUCAUAAUGGUGGUGAUGACAGUGAUGGUGGUGGUGAUUAUCUGUCUGUUGAACCACAGGCUGUCUGCCCUGGCCUUCUUUAGCAGACAGACACACAGCCACGACCAGGACAGACAGCGGGAUCAGGUCAACAUGCAGCACGAUGGCUGUGUGUGGCCAACCAACAGUUUGGUGAUGCAGCAGGAAACCACAGAGGUGAGUGGGAAAAAUGUGAUGUUUGGGCCCAGGCCGACCCAGGAGAGGUUCAACCCUCCCUCCUUUAUGCAACGGGAGCAUUUCAGCCGCUUCCAGCCCACCUACCCCUACCUGCAGCAGGACAUUGACCUGCCGCCCACCAUCUGUCUUUCUGAUGGGGAGGAGCUGCCGCCCUAUAAAGGCCCAUGUACCUUACAGCUAAGAGACCCAGAGCAGCAGCUGGAGCUGAGCAGAGCAUCCAUCAGGCCCCCCCCUAACAGGACCAUCUUCCACAGCGACCUGAUCCAUGUUUACGUCCACAGUGGUGGCCCUCGACCCCCCAGCAGUAACGCUGGUGUCAGUGCCACUGAACGCAUGGAGGGACUGCCUCCCACCUACAGUGAGGUCAUGGGUCACUACCCAGGAUCCUCUGUGUUUCACCACCAGAACCAGUACAGCAAUAAAGAGCCGUUCGCCCAGUGGACAGGGAGCAAAGACAGGACACUGACAGACAGAGACAGGCAGAUGAGCAACGAAAGCACAACCACCACAGGCUCCUCUGGCUCUGGCAAGGUCAAGGACAAAGAGAAGGAUAGGAACAAACCGGUGUGAGGGGGGGGGGGGUUGUAGCUGGUCUGUACCAAACAGGACCUACCCCUCUCACCUGAAGGGGAGUGGCCUCCUCUCAGCAUUCCCCAUGCACAAUAUGAAGAAGCCUGAGGAGCCAAGCUUACAAACACUCUUUUUGUAUUCCUUCGUUCGGCAUUCAAGAGCUGUGGGCUUCUGCUUGAACACUAAGGCUUCAUAGCUCAUUUCUUGUUUGUUUAUUUUUGUAUGCUUUCAUUUAUUUAAAUAAGAUUGUUGACACUGAUUUUAUUUGAAUGACUGUAACACCCAGUUAUAGAAGUUAUGGCUUUUAUUGUCUUAAAUAAAUAAAAAUCCCAGAUCAGUGCACAAACCUUCAAUCAGAAUCAGAGUGCCACGAUUCUGCUAAAUCAACGGGAUAUAUUAUCAUAAAUCAAAAGCUGACCUAACUUAUUGUUUAAAAACUUCUCCUAGUUUGAUUGUUUAUGUGGGCUCCAAAUGUUUUGAAAGACUGGUUAUUUUUCUGUUAUUAUCCACAACUCUGAUCCAGCCUAACGUCCCCUGAAACUAACUCCAACACGGCAGUUCAGUUUAAAGACACACUGAGUAUACCAAACAUUUGGAACAACUUCCUAAUAUUGAGUUGCAUCCCCACCCUUUGCCCUCAGAAGAGCCUCAGUUCAUCAGGGCAUGGACUCUACAAGGUGUCGAAAGC